AUGUCAUCGCUACCGUACAUCAGAGUUGCUAUUGGUUCAUCCACUACAUUUUAUCUUAUACUUCUGAUACUACCGAACUGUGCGGUUGGAUUAACCUUGGAAUAUGUUCCGAAUUUGGCGCUUGCAACUAGAAAAAACAAUGCGAUAGCUAAUUCAGAAGAACUGAUCCAGGAAGAGAAAGGAGCGCAACAAGAUACAGAAGUUAACCAAUCGAUGGGUGCCACAGAUAUAUCUACAAAUGUUGGCCAUGAAGGUAAUGCUAAGUUUGAUAACGACUUGAAAAAAAAUGUUGGAAUGUUGGUACGAAUAACACCAAGAAUGAUCAAUUACUGGGCAAUGGGACUGAAGCAAAUGUUCCAAAAGGAGCUAGAAAACAAAGAACUGCCAGAAUUUUCACGUAUUUUGAUGAAAUUAAACGUCUCAAUCCUUACGCCUCGAAUUCGUAAUGUAAAACUCCCGAAAUUCAGUUACAAGGUGCAAUACAAUAAUACCAUGGAAAUAAUAUUGCAUGGAGGCUCAGCACAGCUGUCAAGUUCUUAUCGAGCAGUGUAUCGAACCAUUCGUGAGGGACAUUUGGAAGCAAAUAUGAGCAACUUCUUGAUUAAUUUGAAACUUAAAAUUGCUACAACAUUUGCUGGAAAGUUAUUGGUGAGUGAAACAAUAGGAGAAUGUGGGCCUUAA